AUGAUAGAUGAAAUUGUAGAGCGCAUAGUUCAGUUCUUCUCCACCGGCCUGGUGGAGAAAAUCGUCAAAGCUUUCCUUGUGCUAUGCGAUCGCUUCGUCAACUUUAUUCUUUCACUCUGCGAGGGCAACAACUACAAGAAGAAGGACGAAACGGUGGACGUGCUGUACACCAGCGGUAACUUUCUAGUGAUCAACAAAAAGCACGAUCUGCUGAUCAACUCGAACGACACCAAAAAGAAAACGGUGCAAACGAUCAUGCGCAAACAGUUUCCUGAGUACGUACAGGAUAAUCUAACGCACGACUUUUACUUUGCCCAUCGGCUGGACUUCGCCACGAGUGGGAUAUUGUGCAUUCCGUUGAACAAAAAUGCCUGCAAGGAGGUGUGCCAGGUUUUUGAAGAGCAACGAGCUCGAAAGUAUUAUCUAGCGUUGCUACGCGGUCACACCGAUUUCGACGAGGAGGUGAUCGACAUAGCGAUAGGAGAGGACAUUCGGUUUAAGGACACCAGCAAAAAAAUGUGUACUAUCCUCGAAGAGGAACGCUGCCAAAACCCGCGACGCAGCAUUACGAAGGUGCUGGUGUUGGAUCGGGGCUACUACAAUGGAAAGCCGGUCACCAAAGUUCUUUUGCGGCCAAUCACGGGCCGGCGGCACCAGUUGCGGUUGCACUGCGCCCAGAUCGGUCACGUCAUCGUCGGUGACUACACGUACAGUCUCAAGAUCGACACGUCGCCGCCACGAAUGUUUCUGCACGCCUUCCGCCUGGUGCUGCCCAACACGAUCGAGAACCUCGAUAUUCAGACGGACGAUCCGUUUACGGAGAAAGCGCUAAAGUACAAGUGGAGGGUGGUCGAACAGGUGAACAGCAUUGCCAACGCCUUCGAUAUCAUUGACUCAUUUUAACAUUUGUGGGAACCAUGUAGGAUAUACUUUUGUAGGUCACGCUCGUUCACGUUUAGAUUGGAUCAUUUUCGGCGCCGUUUGAAUGUAAAUAUUCGAUCUUUCUCCCGAAUUUACUCGCUCUAGAACAUUUGUUUCGCAGCAAGUCGGCCGAAUAAGCCGAAAGCACAAACAAACGCAAACCGAACGCAUCGAAACCGUUCGUUCGGCUUAGUUUCGUUCGAUAGCACAAUUGUUUGGGUUACUUUCCACUCACAACAGUUCC